AUGUCUGACAAAAAUCAAGUAUCUCCUCAACCCAUUGUCAAAAUUGGCCACUACAUUCUUGGGCAAACCUUGGGUGUUGGAACUUUUGGGAAAGUGAAAAUUGGGGAGCAUCAGCUUACCAAACAUAAGGUAGCAGUUAAAAUUUUAAACAGGCAGAAAAUAAAAAGUUUAGAUGUUGUUGGCAAAAUUCGUCGUGAGAUUCAAAACCUUAAGCUUUUUAGACACCCUCAUAUUAUUAAAUUGUAUCAGGUUAUAAGUACUCCUUCAGAUAUUUUUAUGAUAAUGGAAUAUGUCUCUGGUGGGGAACUUUUUGAUUAUAUAGUUAAACAUGGUAAACUAAAGGAGUAUGAAGCUCGACGAUUUUUUCAACAAAUCAUAUCUGGUGUGGAUUAUUGCCAUCGUCAUAUGAUAGUCCACAGAGAUUUAAAACCUGAAAACCUUCUGUUAGAUCACAACCUUCAUGUUAAAAUAGCUGAUUUUGGGCUUUCCAAUAUGAUGAUGGAUGGUGAAUUCUUACGAACUAGCUGUGGCUCUCCUAACUAUGCUGCACCAGAAGUUAUUUCUGGGAAAUUAUAUGCAGGUCCUGAAGUUGAUAUUUGGUCUUGCGGUGUAAUUUUAUAUGCACUUUUGUGUGGUACUUUACCAUUCGAUGAUGAACAUGUUCCAACUCUAUUCAGAAAAAUUAAAUCUGGAAUUUUCCCCAUCCCUGAUUAUUUAAAUAAAAGUGUGGUGACAUUACUGUGUCACAUGCUUCAGAUAGACCCUAUGAAGAGAGCUACUAUAGAAGAUAUUAAGAAGCAUGACUGGUUCCAAAGAGAUUUGCCAGCAUAUUUAUUUCCUUCACCUGUGGAGCAGGAUUCCUCUGUGAUUGAUACAGAUGCAGUUCAAGAAGUCUGUGAGAAAUUUGGAGUAAAGGAGUAUGAGGUCCAUAAUGCGCUGUUAUCUGGUGAUCCACAUGACCAAUUAGGAAUAGCAUAUCACCUUAUAAUCGAUAAUAAAAGAAUUGCUGAUGAAGCGGCGAAAGCUGAAUUAAAAGAUUUCUAUGUAGCAAGUAGUCCUCCUCCUGUUAUGUUUAAUCCAAGUGAAACAACUCCAAGUCCUAUUAGACCACAUCCGGAAAGACUAGCAAGUGCAAUUAGGGAAAGGUCAUUAACAAAAGAGGGAGGAAGUAAAGACGCAUCUGAAGGAGGUCCCAAUACACCCGUUAAACGGGCUAAAUGGCAUUUAGGUAUAAGAUCUCAGAGCAAACCAACUGAUAUCAUGAAUGAAGUUUAUCGUGCAAUGAAAGCUCUAGAUUUUGAAUGGAAAGUAAUAAACCCAUAUCAUGUUCGAGUGAGACUAAAGAAGGUUAAUAGUGAUUCUGAAUAUACUAAGAUGUCACUUCAACUAUAUCAAGUUGAUUAUAAAAGCUAUUUAUUGGAUUUUAAAAGUCUUAGUAGCGAAGAAGAUCCUCAGCCUAUUGAUGGAGAUAUAAUGACAUAUCAGCAGUCAACAGGCUAUCAAACAAUGGAAUUUUUUGAAAUGUGUGCUUCUCUCAUAACACAAUUAGCUCGAUAG